AGUGAAGACAAGGAAAAUGUAUCGGACAUGGCCUCAACGUUUAAAAAGCAUAAUCCCGAUUGGAAUCAAAUCAAAUGUAUAAUGGCAGACAAAGAUUUUACUGAGAGGAAUGUUUUCAAGCAGCAAUUUCCGGAUUCACAAAUUUUGAUUUGUAUUUUCCAUUGUUUGAGGUCUAUGUCGAGGGAAAUUACCUGCGAAAAAAUGAAAAUAAACUCCGGAGAAAGAUUGAUGUGUUUAGAAAUAAUACAAAGUAUUGUUUACGCUAAAAAUGAAUCGAAUUAUGACGAAAUCCGCCAAAAACUUGAAGAUACCAAUAUAAAGACGGUGAUCGAUUACUUCAAUAAAAACUGGCACGGUAUCAGAACAGAAUGGGUUGUACACUUCCAAUCAAAAUUUAUGACUCUAGGUAUAAUUUUAUAAUAAUAUGUUAAUACU